ACGUCACGUGGCGAGGCGGCGCGUGCGCAGGCGUCAGGGGCGGGGCCCGGAGUUAAAUGCAGCCGAUGCUCUGCGGGCCCCGCUCUUCUCUGCAGUAUCUGCUGGUGGCCGCCGCGCUCUGCUUGUGCAUUUGGAGGUACUUAUUACUCGAAGGUAAUAGUUGCAUAAAUGCCUUAACGCUGGCUCGCUUGAGGAGGGUUUCGGAGUUAGAUUUAGAGAAUAACUCAAAAGUUAGAUUGACAUGCCUACUUUUUAGACUGAGUUGUAGUUGAUAGAGGUGUGUAAUAGAGAACUAAAACUUAAAUUCAAGGCCAGUAGUGAAUUGGAUAUAUGCUGGAGCACCUUUAGUUUAUCACUUGCUUAGGAUGCUUUUCUCUUUAAAUUUCAUUUCAACCAUGUGUGAAAGAGUAGUUGAAAGCAAUUUGAGUGAGGUUGAGGGCUUUAAUGAAAUAGUCACAACUGAUAAAAUUGCUCAGUUUGUAUCAAACUAAUAGUAAAAGGAAAGAAUGGGUGUUAUUGCAUGUGUUUGGCGUGGCGGAAAGUUACUUGCGUGCCCAGCAUGCCCAGCUUCCUGAGCCUCUUUGAUACUGUCUGAAACAGAACUUCCUGGAUAAAUUCUGUGGAUUAAAUGUAAAGAGAAAGAGGAAAGCUUGCUCUCUUCCUUCUCAAUGAUCUAGGCAGCUAUACAGUCCAGGCUUCUCUUCUACAAAAACUGGUAUAUUGUAUUUACAGCUUAGUCGUUGCUGAUUCCUAGGGAUUGAAGGAGACAUAUUUAUUUUUGUCUCAACGAAACUUGAAAACAAUGGCAGAAAACAACAUAGAGUGCAAUAGUGUGGUUGAUGGUAAUGUUGAAGAAGUCCCCAACAAGAAGAUAAUUAAGUUUAAUCCUCCAUUAUACAAACAGCGUUACCAAUUCGUUAAAAAAUUAGUGGAGCAACAUCAACCCAAGAAGGUUGCAGACUUGGGGUGUGGUGAUGUAUGCCUCCUAAUGAUAUUAAAAUACCAAAAGUGCAUUGAAGAGCUUGUUGGAGUGGAUAUCAAUGAAGGGAGACUUAAGUGGAAUGGGUCUAGGCUGUCCCCAUGCAUGGGGGAUCAUCUGGAUCCUCGAGAGCUGGAUUUGGUUAUUACCUUGUAUCACGGUUCUGUUUUGGAGAAAGACUGUCGUUUGCUUGGAUUUGAUUUGGUAGCAUGUAUUGAAUUAAUAGAACAUUUUGAUUCAGAAGAUCUGGCGAAGUUUCCUGAAGUCGUAUUUGGGUACAUGUCUCCAGCCAUGAUUGUCAUCAGCACACCGAACUCUGAUUUCAAUUCCCUGUUUCCAUCUGCAGUCUUCAGAGAUUCAGAUCACAAAUUUGAGUGGAGUAGAAUGCAGUUUCAGACCUGGGCUUUAGACGUGGCCAAUCACUACAGUUACUCUGUGGAGUUUACUGGUGUGGGAGAACCACCAGCAGGAGCUGAGGAUGUUGGAUGUUGUACCCAGAUAGGGGUCUUCCGGAAAAUAGCAAAGGCACCUGAAUCUGCUGUUUUGGAGCACCAUGGCGAACAUGUUUAUGAAGUUAUUUAUAUGACCUCAUACCCGAGUUUACAGCAAAUGGAUUACUGUAAACGUGUAGUGACUUAUCUAGUGUACCGAGAGGUUAACAGAAUGAAACGGAGAUAUCAAGUGAGUCUGAGACAGCAUGAAUUGGAACCUGAGUCUGCAGACACUGGCAACCCAACAAGAAAAUUCAUCUCAGACCCUCCAGUUCCAGUACUCACAGAGGCAGACAAAGCCAUGGAGAUGAUUCCCCAUCCCUUCUGUAUUGGAGAUAAGUUUUACGUACCUCUGGAGAGAAUCAUUGCUUAUCCCAGGCUGGGGCACAUAUGUGGUAAUGUAGAGAAGCUGAGAGAGUUCCUUGCUGAUGUAGUAGAACUGAACUGCGAUGGUUCUGCAGUGAAGGUUGACUUGCAUGAUUGUGGUGACUACUGAGCCUUCUUUAUUUCCUGACAUUCAGGGUCUUAGCAAUAAUUGGGCUCAUUUAGAAUUUAAACUUUGUGCAGCCAUAAUUCAGGUAACUUUUAAUUUGAAAAUCACCUAACUUUUUUUUCUUGUGUGUUGAAUGUGACAUUAAAGAGUUUUUAAAGAAAACUGAAUUAUCUAGUAGUGUUUAAAAUCUUUUCCUGGGGGUAGAGUAACUUUAAAACUUCUACCUACUCUGGGCUAAAUUCUAACCUGUAAUACUUAGCCUAAAACACAUACAAAAC